AUGCGAAUUUUUGAUGUUCCUGCCAGUGAAUCGGUGGAGCGACAUCAAUGGAGCGCGUCCAAUCUGGGCCACGCUAUGGACGCCACCAUCCCGUGUGACAAUAUUGCUAAACAUGGCCCACCCAUCACAUGCCCUGCAAACGUUCCUUUUUCCGAAGAAUGGAACAUGACUAUGAAAUAUUGUGACAGCAGUCUCCCAUGGGAGACUGGUGCGAACACGGGCUGGAGAGCCCCCUGUAACGCGUUCAUACCCCCGGACUCGUAUACGUCUACAGACAACUUGACUGGGGAGCCUAUGCCACAUUCAUGGUUCUCACCGCUGUGGUAUACAAAGACAGGCUUGCAAACGACAUUUUCCGAGCCUUUCAACGGUUGGAAUCGGUCGCAAUCCCGGGAUCUGAUCGGGUGCGAGACCAACUUUUUCUCACCUCUGCCUAUUCCUGCCCAGGAGCUCGUGGGAUGGCCCUCUGAAGGUGGCGCUGAAGAGUCUUGGUAUGCGAACAGAAGCGGCGUCAUGCCCAUUUGCGGAGCCCACUCACAGGAGCAGUACCCUCUGGGCCCUUCCUUUGAUCUGCUGGAUCUUAUUCCCUCAUCCGUUGCAGUCGGGCUCUCUUUUAUACCAGAGACUGUGCCACCUAGCUUCCCAAGUUUCCCUGGCGUGCAGCAGGUCGAAGAAGCCAGAUUGGCGCUCCCCGCCGAAUCUCCAAUGCUAUCGCCUCCCUGGGAUCCAUUGACGACCACUCCCGCAGAGGCUCACAUAGCCGACAUCCGCAGCCGCAGCUUGCAUCAACAACCAUUUGCACCCAUGCCUAUUCAAAACAUCGAGUCGGUAGUACCUCCAAGGCUACACAAUGCGAUGGAUUAUCAGGAAACUCAUGUUAUGCCAUUUGGUAAUGUCGGUGCGAACGGCCAGGAGUUAUCUCGUGAUCUCACCGUGCCGGAAGACCAAGUCGAGCAUGGCCGCUUGACCUAG